UGCUGAUCUCAUUAAAGACGAGUCAGUGGUCCUGCAGCAGACUGGACUUUGUGCCUUUGAUGCACACACAGCGAGCUGGCUGCAUAUGGGUUGAAAGAUGCCCCCUUUCAACAUCUUAGAAAUAGUGAGCUGUUUCAUGGCAAGUCCUUAAACCUGCAGUUUUCAUUUCAUGUCUUAAAUGUGCAUGAAGGAAUUAAACUGCACGAGUGAAUAACAGCAUUAGUUUCAAUUAAUUUUUAUCCUGGCAACAAUAAACUUUAGAAACAAAGCACUUUUACAUCCUUAAUUAGUCUUGGUUCCCAUCUGUAGUCUUUUAAGUGUCUGUUUUGUGAUUUAACUUUGUCCCUCCUUCAGAGCUGCUUUCUUUUUUAAUUCUUCCCCUUUAUGUCUUGUUAUCCCUUCCAGACUGUUUCUUGUUUCUCUUCUUCAACCUUUCACCUCCCUUGUCCCAAUCUCUCUGCCUUGCUCUGUGCAGUUUUUCUACUGUAUUUUCUCAAAAUCAACAGCAGUAUUGGUUACCAUGGCCCCAAGCUAUGUGCAGAGGUGGGAAAGCUUCAUCCGCCCAAAAGUUCUUACACUUUUGAAGUCUUUCUUUUAGUAGGAUCUGACUGAAAUGUAUCAUCUAGAGUGUGUAUUAAAUGAACAAUAUUCCUGUAGGCUUCAGAGCAAGAAAGGCAACACCCUGGAAAAUUCUGCAGUCUUUCAGCAUUCUCUGCCCUAGGGUGAUAGCCCUGGGCAUGGAGCUGAAUGGAGCUCUUACAACUGCCUUCUGUUUACCUUUUAUGGUUAAAAUAACAGCUUAGCAAAGAAGCAACUUCAUGGAGAAACGAUUCAGUGAAAUCAUCUCAAGCUGUAGCAGCAUAGCUAGUUUAAUCACCCCUAGAGAGCUGAACAACUGUGAGCACAAUGGGACACAAAAUCAUUUUGUGUGUAAAUGAGCAUGGCAUUGUGAUUAUUUCACUUUGCAUGGGCAAAUAGUUUUUACAAGCAGUACUUAUGCAGUUAGCUUAGAGAGGCAGAAAAAGAUAAGCUGGCUCUGAAAAAAUCUUGGUGUGUAAUGUCUGAAAAACUAAAUAUUCAGAUAAUUUGAGAAUCAGGCUCUAUUGAUUUUGCCUUUAGCAGCUUCCUGUGUUACUUAUUAGAGCAGGGCUAUUGGCUGUGCCACUAGUAGUGAUGUUAUACCCUUUUGUAGGCAGCUAAAGAACAGGGAUUAUUUUAUAUGGUUUAAAAAUUGAAUUUGUUAAAGUUUCUUCAAUAUUUACACUUCCAGUUUUAAUUUUCAUAUCAGUGUUAUAAAACACACAGAUAAAGGCUUUCAUGGGAUAAAUACCUUUAAGAUCCAGCUCUGUACAUUAAAUUAAUAUAUUACUUGCUAUGAUGAAUUUUACAGUAGUUUAUAUUGAGAAAUACAUGCAAGAAGAUAGUCAAAGUUGGAUUAAGGAAACAGAAAUAUUUAUUUCUAGGAUUAAUGGAAGUGCUUUUUACACCAUAAAAAAGAACUGGCUUUUGUAGCUUUGUUAAACAUUUGGGUUAUUUUAGAAUAUUAAUCUUUGUUAACUAAACAAACCUGUAUUUCAGAUCCCCUUCUGAUUACCUCCACUAAAAUAAAAACCUGAAAUCCUUCAAUAAGUAUGAAAAUCCAUACAACAUUAUGAACUAUUUUAGUUUUCCAGUGAUUUUCUAUAAUUAGGUGGGGUUUUUUCAGUGCAUACUGUGGCUGAGUGAUGCCAAAAGCAGAGAUUGUUCAAAAAGUCCCUCCAGUGAAUAGUAUAAAUUAAAUAUCUCUACUCUACUGUAUGGGUAUGGCCUCACAGAGAGUCUCAGACAGUUUGCAGAUCAAGGCAUUUGCUGAUGUACCAACAUUAAACAAAAUCGUAAGAAAGUAGUAGUGUUUAAAUAUGCACAAAUAGAUUCAGAUCACUUGAUCUUUAGCUUUCUAUGCAUAUUUUAAAACUGGAGUCUGCAUUUCAGGACAAACGGUUAAAUGUAAGACUUAUUUCAAGUCUUACAAGUUCUUUGAUUUCAUUUAGAAAUUGUAGGGGUCCAGAUGAGCCCUAAUUAGGCAUAUUUUUUGUAAAACUCCAUGAGGUGUAUUUCCAAGGCAGCUGUCUCCUGCAAGGUCUGUACCUUUAUCAUUAGUGAUAAUACUUAGGGUUAGAACAAAGGCAGAGUUGACAUGCAGCAUGUAGCUACUGACCCUUACAUUUAUGAGAAGGAGUACAGAAUGAACAUGAGCUUGCAGUGCUCUUUGGUAGGAACACGUUCUUGUCUGUGUUGGUAGCCAGAUAGAACAUCCACAAAUAGAGAACUGACUGCUAAAGUAUUAUGUUGCUUUGAAAAGUUAGUUGUUUUAUUUGUGAUAUGGCGUAUUUCCUAAAGAUUGCUCGUAACAGGACCUUGUGGGAAAGAAGAAAGCAGCAUCUUUAGUCAUUAAAGGAUUCAAUCAUUUUCCUUGAAGGUGGUGCUACAGUAAAAAUGUUAAUGCCAAUUUCACAUCGACUGACACAGAAGUUCUAGGACAGUGUUGAUAUUUUGUUCCGCAUUCAGUGCAGAUGUCCAUUCUGCAUUUGAAGAAAAAAGGAUGUGGAUUCAUAAUGGGGAGGGAAGAAGCAUGUCCCGUCUUUCUCUAACACGGUCCCCAGUUUCUCCCCUGGCUGCUCAAGGAAUUCCUCUCCCAGCUCAACUCACCAAAUCCAAUGCUCCUGUGCAUAUUGAUGUAGGAGGACACAUGUACACCAGCAGCCUGGCUACCUUGACAAAGUAUCCAGAUUCGAGAAUAAGUCGUCUGUUUAAUGGCACAGAGCCUAUUGUCUUGGAUAGUUUAAAACAACAUUAUUUCAUUGAUCGAGAUGGUGAAAUUUUCAGAUACAUAUUAAGUUUCCUAAGGACAUCUAAACUGCUACUCCCAGAUGACUUUAAGGACUUUAAUCUUUUAUAUGAAGAAGCAAAGUAUUACCAGCUGCAGCCAAUGAUUAAGGAACUUGAGCGAUGGAAACAAGAGAAAGAACAAAGGAAACAUUUCCAGCCUUGUGACUGCCUGGUUGUAAGAGUGACUCCAGAUCUUGGGGAAAGAAUUGCACUGAGUGGGGAGAAAGCUUUAAUAGAAGAGAUAUUCCCUGAGACUGGGGAUGUCAUGUGCAACUCUGUAAAUGCAGGUUGGAACCAAGACCCUACCCAUGUCAUUAGGUUUCCUUUGAAUGGAUACUGCCGGUUGAAUUCAGUGCAGGUGCUCGAAAGAUUGUUUCAGAAGGGAUUUAAUGUGGCAGCUUCGUGUGGUGGUGGGGUAGAUUCCUCCCAGUUCAGUGAAUAUGUGCUGUGUCGUGAGGACAGAAGACCACAACCCACCCCAACAAUCAGAAUAAAGCAAGAACCCCUGGACUAGAAUCAGCUCUUCCUCCUUUGCAACCAUAGAAGUGUUUAAUAGUCCCUUAUGUGAAAGGAUUUGCAAAACAGUAUUAGCAAACAAAUUGUGACUUAUGUUGCCAAUUAAUGAUAUUCAAAAACUACCUGUCACAUGAAACAUUUGAAAAACCUCCAGUUUUUCAUGAGGAAACAACU